AUGGACGAAGACGCAGUAACCGUCAUUUCGGUGAACGGUCAACAUGGCGAUGACUUUGUAAAAAGGCAGUCCAACUUGGACCAUGCCUGUGAAGCACUCGUCCGGUACAACGGCCAACGAGACAAGCAUGGCGAGCACGGAGUCGAUGCUUCAACCCCUAUGACAGGCGGUCCUGGCGGUUUGCGUCAGCCUGUAAUCAAUACAGAAGUCGCUCCGCGGCGGAAGCUCGUUUUAUCUGCGAUUGGUGGUAAUGGUGAGACUGGUCGAAAGGGGGGAGAUGGCCAUUCAGGGCUUUCUGGUACUGCCGGAGCGGCUGCGACGCAGAUGGCGGAUGCUGAAAACGGCACAGACGGAGGUAACGGCGGCAACGCAGGCCGCGGAACGAACGGAGGCAAUGGAGGAGACGGUGGCUCAAUCCAGAUACUCCUAGGCCAUGAUAUGACUCACCUCCUCUACGUCGUGAACUGGAAUGUGUCCGGCGGAAGCGGUGCAGCUGCAGGUGAGCAUGGUCGUGCCGGGAAAGGCGGUGCGGGUGGUGCUGGAGGCGAAGGCACGAAUUGGGACCAAUUCGUUGGCUACAGAUAUCGCUGUACGCCGAACUGCCUGGGCAAGAAUACUCAAGAGAUCAGAACUACCUCGCCGUCGAAUGCUUUGCUUAUGGCUAGUACAUCGCUAGCGAGAAGUGGCACUCGCGCUCGCGCAGCCAUAGGAUCUGAGAACGUGGCCGGCAGCGAUCUCCACACGGCCGUAGCAUUAAUCGCUGCUCGCUAUCAUGCCAGACCUCAAAGACGCGUGGGUCAGGGUCUUUGCCACUGCGCUGGGGGACAAGGUGAUUGCGCUGGCUGCGAUAGUCAGCCUAUCACCAGAUCACUCCACAGAGUGCCCGGGCAGCCUGGUCAGCCUGGACGAGAUGGUCUCGAGCAAACCAGCGUACUAAAGGCCGGUCUACCAGGCGCUUCUGGCAAAAUGGUAAUUCUGGUACAGAACCUCGAUGGAACGAUCAGCGAGUAUGACAAGCCCUGGAAACUCCGACUCGUGUCUUUCGAUAUUGAAGACGAGAAUGGUGAUGGGAUCUUUGAGCCUGGUGAGAAGAUCAUCAUACGUCGAGUUUGUGUGGAGAACAUUGGGGGAAUGCCGUCGCCCUUACAAGGAAUCGAAUUGCUCAUAAAGCCAUCUGAGCAUCUUUUGCUAGACGACGAAGUCAAGCUGUUUCUUCCAUCCUCGAUUGCGCCUAGUACCGUUGCUACUGUCGAAGGAUAUAUAAGUGCCAAGAUACGACAAGCCGAAGAAAUCGUUGCCGACACUGCAUACAUGGAGCGCGGCGCGAAAAUAUCGCUUGCUGCAGUGCUUCCUUGGCUGAAUGUUGAGCUUCCGGAGUUUGAAUUGGAGAGGACCUUCGAUAUUCAAUUCCCUUGCGCACUCUCCAACUUCCGGGUCCUACCAAGCCUUAGCCCUGGUUCUUCGAGCACAAUUUCGUGGGAGAUCACAAAUCUCAGCUACAAAGCCAUUGGCAAUGCAGCCACAUCUCCACGCGCUAUCGAAGUCGUGGUUUCGGUCCCCAGAGAAUAUGGCACUCUUGGCUCAGAGCACACGACCAUUGUCAAUGAUUCCAACGAAGUGCCGGUAGCAGUGGCUCAUAUCGAACCGAAAGCCACAAGUAUUUCGUCGCAAGUGCUCAAGAUCUUACCCGAAGGUCGAGCUCCGAGUCGAUUCUACCUUACAGUAGCACUGUAUAUUGCCGAUUCCGUCUGCUCGGAGGAAGUGGAUGCAGCUUCAGAAGUCGAAAUGAUCCUUGCUCAGAUGAUUCAGAUCGAAGUCAACGUCUCGAAAAGCUAUUGUUUCAAUGAGAAUGCCGGUAUCGUGAUGGUGGUCAACUCGACGACCCCACCAGGCCGUGUUCUAGCGCUGCAUCAAUUCAUCCAAGGAGAGCUGAACAUGACAGUGGAUUGUCUAGAUGUGAACGAGAACGGCGGAAUGCAGGUGGAUGAAGAUGCCGAGCUGGCCCAUCUCUUUACCAAAUACGACGGAAAGACUGUCAUUCUGUUAGGCAAACCCUUCCUGUUCCAGAACUCGCCCAGGACAACUCCUGAGCUCUGCGAUUCGAGGCAGAUUCGUCGAUCCUUGUCGUCCGGCACCUCAUUUCUAUUCCUUGGACUCCAUGAUGAUAGGACCAGCAACAAGCUCUUCGAGCAGGUCGUUUUCGAAGUCGCGCACAACGCUUCCAACACAUUGGCCUCGGUUCCAAAGUCGGCCAAAUUCACCCGCAUUUCUGAUUUCGUUGGGGCUAUCCUGGACCAAAAGCAGAACAACAUGGGAAGCUCUUCUCCAACCGUGUUCUCUUUGGCUGGUCGGCGGCGGCGUUGCAAUGGAAUGCUAAGUCCAAGCAUCGAAAGUCAAGCGAAAGCGGCGUCUCGCAAGCUACACAAGCUUUUACCUCAGGAACUAUUUUUGCUUCUGCCGGUGUCGCAACAAUCAGGAUCGUCGCCUUCCGUUGGUGGUGAUCAGUUGAUCAUUUUGUGGGGUGCUGAAGCUACUGUUCCGUUGCGAGUCACUGAGAUCCGGGACUCUUACAGCGCAUCUUUGGAUCACUUCGAAAAAUACAGUAUCGUUGCUGCGCUUCCUGUGGCUCACAGAGUUCAGCAGAUCUGGGACGAUGAGACGGAUGGCUCAACAUCUUCCGUAACCGAGGCCGCGACCUGCUCCCUCGGUAUCGAGUGCAUUCGCCAGAUCGAUCAAUAUGCCUUCUCUGCAUUUUCUAGUGGGCCUGUGAAGGUCUUUACGGAAGAUGUACUUGGCGUGCAUCUCCCUACCGUGGCAGCGGUAUUAUUCCACCCAUGGUCAUCGAAGGGUGUUCCUCAGGCAGUCCAGGUUAUUCUGGUUUAUUGUCUCGACACAUGUCGGCCCCAUACCAAACGACAAGCACUUGCUCAAGCUCUCAUGUGGAACAGCUCCAGUCGGCAAAGACUUGCCAAAUAUCUGCUAGAGUCCGUGGAAGCUCUUUCUCCAGGACUGGGUGCCGAGAUCCAGCGACAGGCCGAUAAGCUCCGUGAUCAGGAGCUCAACGCGAUGCGACAUGUGGUCCGGCGUGGGGCCAAAUUGACAAGAAUGUCCGAACAUGCUUUUGAGCGUAGUACUGAGUCCACGAUGGACGUGGUACAUGGCUCGGAAGUCUGCACGGCUGAAGAGUGGGAUGCACGGUGGGCUGCGAAUCAAGAUGCGUGGGACAGAAUCGUUGAAGAUGAAAGCCGUGCUCCACAGCCCAUUGACACCAUGUCACGUGGUAAUGUAGUUGCAUAG